CAUUCUUCCAUCACAAAAGUACCAAAGUACCAAGAAGAACCGUCUCCCUCGGCCACACCAAGUGUGGGGCCCUGUCAGCUUCCCCAGCCAGAUAUGUAGCAACGCGCCUCGGUUAUGGAGCUGGGCGGGGAUCACUUGCUAGCUUAACGCUCGAGUGUCCUUACCUCGCAGUAGACCGUUCUAAUACCAACCAACUACCUGCUUUCGUUCACUUUCAGGGAUAAACAAACCUUGUCACAUUCUACCGAUUUAUCUACCUAUCCCAUUAACCCCUGCAGCUAUGGCUUCGACGUACAAAAACAUCAGCUUUGAGAUCCGCGAUAAGAUCGGGAUUAUCAAGCUGAACAGACCGAAGCUGUUGAACUCCUGGGAUGAUGCUGUCGUCGCGGAUAUGGUCGGUGCCUUCAGGGAGCUUGAUGAGCACCCGCAUACCGUCUUUACUGUUUUGACGGGUGAAGGGCGGUUCUUUUCUGCUGGUGCUGAUGUUCGAGCCGGUAUCCCUUCUCUACCUGCGGAGGCUACCGCAGCGGAGAAAAAGCUGUUCUUCAUGAACAAAUUCUCAACCAGCGUCGAACUCUUCCGCUCCAUGAUCGACCACAAAAAAGUCUUCGUCCUCGCCAUGAACGGCCCCGCCGUCGGCGGCGGCGCAGCCUGGUUCAACGGCAUCGCAGACAUAGUACUAGCCGCCUCAAACACCUACAUCCAGGUCCCCUUCAGCUCUCUCGGCCUGGUGCCAGAGUACGGGAGUGCCAAUAUCUUUGCGCAAAGCAUGGGUGUCCGUCGCGCGAACGACCUCCUGAUGUUCGGGCGCAAGUGCCCGGUCGAAGAGCUGCAGGCGUGCGGGCUGGUGAACCGCGUCUUCCCCGUAGAUGGGUUUCAGGAGCAUGUUCGGAAGUUCUUGGAGGAGCAGCUCGCGGCGAAUGAUGGGAAGAGUAUGAUGGAGGUGAAGCGGUUGCAGAAUGCGCCGCUUAGGUCGGACCGCUUACUUGCGGUUUAUGAGGCUACGCAUGCGCUGGCGGAGAGGUUCGUCGACGGGACGCCUUACGAGCGGUUUCGGGCUAGGAGGGAGCAGUUGAUUGCUGCGAGUAAGAAAAGGGAGGGGAAACCCAAGGCUUCGCUGUGAGGGCGUUUUUAGUCUUGUUUACCUAUCGGUGUUGCCGUAGGCUGGUACCGAAAUGCAACGCUUUUGUCUUACUCUACGCUAGCAGUUGCUAUAGAUCUGUGUCCAGUCAAUUGUACAUACUUC